GCGCGCCCUCGUCCGAGGAACCGCAGUCUCUGGAGCGUCGAGGCGGUGUUUCGGUCGCCGCCGACCCACCGCUCCCGCCAACCCGGCGUCGUUGGGCUGCACCCAGGGCGGGCACGGCCGCCGGUCACGGGAAGGAGCCAAAAUGCCGAUCAAUAAAUCAGAGAAGCCAGAAAGCUGUGAUAAUGUGAAGGUGGUUGUUAGAUGCCGGCCUCUCAAUGAGAGAGAGAAAUCAAUGUGCUAUAAACAGGCGGUCAGUGUGGAUGAGAUGAGGGGAACUAUCACUGUACAUAAGACUGAUUCUUCCAAUGAACCUCCAAAGACUUUCACUUUUGAUACUGUUUUUGGACCAGAGAGUAAACAGCUUGAUGUUUAUAACUUAACUGCAAGACCUAUUAUUGAUUCUGUUCUGGAAGGCUACAAUGGGACUAUUUUUGCAUAUGGACAAACUGGAACAGGCAAAACUUUUACCAUGGAAGGUGUUCGAGCUGUUCCUGAACUUAGAGGAAUCAUUCCAAAUUCAUUUGCCCACAUAUUUGGUCAUAUCGCAAAAGCAGAGGGUGAUACCAGAUUUUUGGUUCGAGUAUCAUAUUUGGAAAUAUAUAAUGAAGAAGUUCGUGACCUUUUGGGCAAGGAUCAGACACAGAGGUUAGAGGUAAAAGAAAGACCUGAUGUGGGAGUAUAUAUCAAAGAUUUGUCAGCUUAUGUAGUAAAUAAUGCUGAUGAUAUGGAUAGAAUUAUGACACUAGGCCACAAAAAUCGAUCUGUUGGUGCAACUAAUAUGAAUGAACAUAGUUCUCGUUCUCAUGCCAUCUUUACAAUUACUAUAGAAUGCAGUGAAAAGGGCGUUGAUGGAAACAUGCAUGUCAGAAUGGGGAAGCUCCAUCUUGUAGAUCUUGCUGGUUCAGAAAGACAAGCCAAAACUGGAGCCACUGGACAGCGUCUAAAGGAAGCUACAAAAAUCAAUCUAUCACUUUCCACCCUUGGUAAUGUAAUUUCUGCCCUGGUCGAUGGAAAGAGCACUCAUGUGCCUUAUCGUAACUCUAAACUGACUCGUCUUCUUCAGGAUUCUUUAGGAGGAAACUCAAAAACCAUGAUGUGUGCAAAUAUUGGGCCAGCAGAUUACAAUUAUGAUGAAACUAUCAGCACAUUACGGUAUGCUAAUCGCGCUAAGAAUAUUAAAAACAAAGCUAGAAUUAAUGAAGAUCCAAAGGACGCAUUGCUUCGUCAGUUUCAGAAAGAAAUAGAAGAACUGAAAAAAAAACUUGAAGAAGGGGAAGAAAUAUCAGGCUCUGAUAUCAGUGGCUCAGAGGAAGAUGAUGAAGAAGAGGGGGAGGUUGGAGAAGAUGGAGAGAAAAGGAAAAAAAGGAGGGGCAGUAGCAGCAGCAGUAGUUCAGACUCCACAUGUUCUGUCAUAGAGAAACCUCUGGAUAAGUUCUUACCUAGUAAAAAGAAAGUUUCUCCAGACAAGAUGAUUGAAAUGCAAGCAAAAAUUGAUGAGGAGAGAAAAGCACUUGAAACAAAACUUGACAUGGAAGAAGAAGAAAGGAAUAAGGCUAGAGCUGAAUUAGAGAAACGGGAAAAAGAUCUUCUUAAAGCCCAACAAGAGCAUCAGACUUUGCUGGAGAAAUUAUCUGCACUGGAGAAGAAAGUAAUUGUUGGUGGUGUUGAUUUAUUGGCAAAAGCUGAGGAACAAGAGAAACUUCUUGAAGAAUCUAAUAUGGAAUUGGAAGAAAGGAGGAAAAGGGCAGAACAGCUUCGCAGAGAACUCGAGGAAAAAGAGCAAGAACGCUUGGAUAUUGAAGAAAAAUAUACCAGUUUACAAGAGGAAGCACAAGGAAAGACCAAGAAAUUAAAAAAAGUUUGGACUAUGCUGAUGGCUGCAAAGUCAGAGAUGGCUGAUCUCCAACAAGAACAUCAGAGAGAAAUUGAAGGGCUACUGGAGAACAUUCGACAACUUAGUCGUGAACUUCGACUUCAGAUGCUUAUUAUUGAUAACUUUAUACCUCAGGAUUAUCAGGAAAUGAUUGAAAACUAUGUUCAUUGGAAUGAAGACAUAGGAGAAUGGCAGCUAAAAUGUGUUGCCUACACAGGAAAUAAUAUGAGGAAGCAAACUCCAGUUCCUGAUAAAAAAGAGAAAGAUCCCUUUGAAGUGGACCUUUCCCAUGUGUAUCUUGCUUAUACUGAGGAGAGCCUGCGACAGUCUUUGAUGAAAUUAGAAAGGCCACGGACGUCAAAGGGGAAAACAAGGCCAAAGACAGGGAGAAGAAAGCGUUCUGCAAAGCCUGAAGCUGUAAUUGACUCUUUACUUCAGUAAAUGUUACUGACUUAAAGUCACAAUAAAAAUUAGUGAUAUUCUCAUGCUUGGACAAAAUCUUUCAUUAAAACUCUGAAGACUUUUGUGUAAUUUCAAAUAAUGGAAGCUAUAAAUCAUGGAAUAAGACUGGAAGUAAUUUGCCUAAUAACUUUUAACCUGUAUAUAUUAAGUUAAUCUAACAAUCUAGAAGUGUACAACUGGCAAUUGUUCACAUUGUCAUAUUAUUAUUCAGUUUAUACUGUGCAGAAAAGUUACGAACAGUGCAUACUUGGAGAGUUGCAACUUGGAUGUAUACAUAAAUCUGUCAGUAGUUUAACCUGCUGUAUAUUUACACAAUCAAAAUUUCAAAAUAGAAAAAAAAAGGUAUGGCCUGUUUUGCACACAUCAAAAAACAGAUCUAGUUAUACCACCCUGUAUAGUUAUUUGUGAAUGUGUGCACUGCAUAUCUAAGAAAUGAUUCAACUCCUGCCGAUCCAUUUAAAUAUACUCUUAUUUUUAUAUUAACAUUGCAUUUUUAAGUAUGGCAAGAAUGACCUGUAUAAAUUUCUAUAAUUUAGUGACAGUCAACCGUUGAAAAUAUUCAUGUUUAAAAACAUAAGUUUAAAACAUGUUUCUCAUUUGUACCUCUCAACCUUUCUCCCACUUUGAGUUCAAGUCAAAUAUGUUUUUUUUGUUUAAGCUGUACAUUCAGUUAUAAGUUCUCUUGAGAUAUUAAAUUAUACCUCGAUAUAAAGAAGUUACAGAAAAUUAAGAAACUAAAUAUUGGCUUCUAAUCUUUGCAUGCAUGUAUGUAUUUUUAAAAUUCAUUUUGAAUAGAAGUGAGACCUAUGGGUAUUUUCCUGUCUGAGUUCUCGGUUUUGAUGGAAAUUGUUGUGUGUCCAAUAGGAAAGGAAAAGAUGUCCAUUUUUCAGAAAGUAUAAUCAAGAAAAAAAAAAAACCAAAAAACUCAGAACCAUAUACCUUUAGAAUUCUUUAUUUGGUUUUUCUUUAUAUUUAAAAAGAAAACAUUUUCCGCAUUUCUUCAAUUAAUAGACCACAUUAUUCUAAAAGUGAAAUAUAUUUUUAUUUUAAUUCAAUAAGUUUCUUAACAAGCUGGGGACACAGACACACACACAUACACACGUGCGCACAUGUAUCUUACACAGUGACUUAUCCCUUCAGCCCAGUAAGAUUUUUUUUUUUUUUUUGGUCAUCAUGGGGUUUCACCACUCUGGGCUGACCUUUUCAGAUAAAAGAGAGUGAGACAGAGACAGAAGAAAAGGGAGAAAGAUACCACAGCACUGAAGCUUCCUCUAAUACAAGUAAACACUGAGCUAGGACCUGGUCACUAACACACAAAACAGGCAGACUAUCAAGGUAAACUCUUUUGCCAGCCCUUGGUAAAAUAGUUUUAAUAGAUGGGAUUAUUUGUUCUUUUGUUGACUGCUUACACAGUGUUGUUUGUUUUUAAGUUAGGGUACUCUAAAACAAUUUACUUUUGUGAUUUUUUAAAAAUUGUCAGCUCUGAAGCACAUUGGUUGCAAUUUUGAGACUUCAUAAAUGAUAUUAAUAUUUUAAAAUAAAUUUGGUUAUGUACUAGUUUAUAAUUAUCAGGCUGUGUCUAGUGGAUAGUGAGUGAAAUGUUCUGUGUAGUAAUAAAAUGCUCAUCAGUUGAGGUACAGUCCAAGGUUGUGUACUAGAUGUCUUGUGUGUAAGUAAUGAAUGUUUUGUAGGUAAUAAGAACUGUUGUAUGUAAGAUAGAAGUUUAUCACUUUACUCUGGGACAUUGGUUAGGUACUGUAAAAAGUUGAGAUGAAUUUGUAUUUUGUAAAAGCUUUGUGUGGGUAGACUGUUUUAGAAACUGUAUAAGCACACCUAACUGUAUUUGUCUUUAUUCUAAAAAGAUCUUAAUAUUACCAGUAGAGGGAAAAAAAAAAAAAAAAGAUGAGUACUCCUUUCAAAAGGCCAUGCUUCUGCAUAGGGGAAAUAGUUUAUGAUAGAGUUCUUGCUUUGGAUUUAAUAUGCCCUGUUCUUGAUCCCUGGAACAGAUUAACUUAAAUAUAAAUAAAGUCCGUGUUUUCCAUCCUUUAAAGACUCAACUUGUAGGAAAGUAGCAGUUUUUACAUUUAACUUUAAAACAUAGAAAUUGUAAACCUGUUAGAUUUUUUUCUGUUCCACUUCACUGCAUAAUGAAAUCUAUAGAAACAUUGAGAAAAUUUAAAAGCUGCUCCAUUCGCUUUUAAAGCAUUUAUGCCAGAACUGAUUAUAUUGAUUAUAUUAAAUAUUUAUCUGAUAAAAAUCCCCAAAUUAGAUACUUUAGCCAAGGCUGAAUAGUUAUAUGAAAACAUGGGGCAGACUUUAGAGCUAUCUAUUUAGCUCUAAUUGUAGCGGUUCUGUGGUUUCACACUUACUGUAUCAUUGUCUACAAAUGAAAUGUUUUGUAGAUUCAGUGUUAAUUUCAUGAAAUUAUAUAAACAAACUUGCUCAUUAUUUGAAAUAAGUAGCUAGAUGUAAAAUGAUGUAAAAUGAGUUGUGGUAGCCGGGGAUUUGGCUCAGUGAAAAGAGUGUAUGCCUUGCAUAUGUGAAGCCCUGGGUUUAGUACCCAGCACCAGGGGGGGAAAAAGUGUCACAUAUAUAUAUAUAUAGAUAGAUAGAUAGAUAGAUAGAUAGGUUAUUGAAUGGGUAUUUUGUUUUUCCUUUAAUUUAAGAAAAGUAAUAUUUAUUUAUUAAAAGAAACUGGUAAAAUGUUGUUUGUAGUAUGUUCUUUAACAUCUUGUAAUUAUAUAUGCUAAUAAUUAGGAUGCUAAAAUAUGAUAGUAAUAUCCAUUUUUGUUUCAAUUUUUGUAAAGUGUGAGUGUGGUGGCGAGGUCUGCAUCCAUGCGUCUAUCCCACAAGUAGGUUCUGGUUGACAAGCUAGCUCAUCUACUUUCUGAAGAAACAGAAUUUAAAAAAAUUUUUUUGUAGUAAGUUUAAGAAAGUUACUGGUAAGGGGAGUACUUUAUCUGUAACGUGUAUUUUAAAAUUAUGACAAUGGGUUGGUUUUUGUUGUUUCUUUUCAGUCCUUUAAAAAACAUCUCUCCUCUUAACUUUUCAAGAAAGCCCCUCUCUUUUCUACAGGGCUAUGAAUCAAGGAAUCAGUAGAGUUCACAUUUAAGCACGCCACUGUCUGCCCAGCUUCUUAAUGUGUGCAUUUGUUUUCUCUUAACUUAUUCCCAAAGUGCUAGAAGAAAGCAUAGAUUUAGUGCCUUUGAAUUUAGACUAUAGUCAUUAAAUAACUUUAAUAACACUACUACAAUACUGUAUACUGGCAAAAAUUACAAUUUGUACAAUGAGUUUGUUUCAUUGUUUUCAAAAACCACCCUUUCAUUGUAUUUUAUGUAUGAAUUGUAUUUGUUCAAGUUGUACAUAUUGAUGCUAUCUAUACAUGAAGCAUGGUUAAAUAAGAAAAUAAAAAAGUCUUUACUGA